AACUUUGAAAUUAAUGAUAUUACACGAUUGUUCGUUUGCGUGGCGAUUAUUCCGUACGUAGCGGUGCGCGUGCAUUAAACGCCGGUGAUAUUUAAAAAAUACAUCGAUGCCGUUAUCUGCGUGUCAUCAGAAACUGUUAAAUCGCCUGGAUCUACUGUACUUUUCUCCUACCUUUCCCUCCUCCUCCCCUCUCCCCUCCAGAUUCUCUUAUAAUUUCCUUUAGUAUGACCACAAUCUGCCGACGAUAACGGGGAUAUAGAUUAUAAAUAGCGUGCAAAUCACUAACUGAUCCUUUCGCGGUAAACAACUUUGAGACAUAUCUUGCGCGACGAGUUGCGCGGAACAUCGUGCAAGGAGAGACGAAAAGUUCCGAGCAGAACAGACGGGUGCUUGAUUGACGAAAAGUGAUCGUGAUUGUCGGAAGGAAAUACACGUUAAUGAGAUGGGCUAUCUCAAGUGUAUUGGUACAGUCAUCAUCUACAUCGGCUUAUUCCUGGCGGUGAUUACAUUCCUACCGGGUCUACCGCCGAAAACAGAGUUCGAAGAAUUCAGCAUAGUAUUACCCAAUUUGGACUCCAAGGUGAGUCCGAAGAAUCGGCUAAACGGCGCCCAGAAGUUGUUCGAGAAAGAACUUCAUGGUCCGGAGGAUCUGGUUACCUAUAACGGUCAACUGUACACCGGUGUUCACGGCGGUUACGUCGUAAGGGUCGAGGAAGAUCGCAUUGUGCCAAUUGUGAAGUUCGGCCAGCAAUGUGAUGGUAUUUGGCAAGAAAAAAAAUGUGGCAGGCCAUUGGGACUUCAUUUUGAUAAGAAAGGCAACUUGUAUGUAGUGGACACUUAUUACGGAAUUUUCAAAGUAAAUGUUGCGACCGGAGAAUACAAAAAUAUAGUGAAUACUUCUAAGCCGAUCGAGGGUAAAGUUCCAAGGAUACCUAAUGGUAUAGAUGUUGCGGAAAAUGGAGAUCUUUAUUGGACUGAUAGCAGUACGGAUUUUGAACUUCACGAUGCAGUACCGGCGUUCUUAUCCAAUCCGUCGGGAAGGCUUAUACGUUAUAAUGCGGCUAAGAAGAGAAACGAAGUGUUGAUACGCAAUAUCGGAUUCGCAAAUGGCGUUGUUCUAAACGACGACGAAAGUUACGUAAUUGUAUCAGAUAUGACAAAGCACCGUCUCUUGAAGUAUAAUUUAAAAGGACCAAAAACAGGACAGACGGAAAUUUUCAUUGAGGGUUUGUUAGGUCCAAUAGAUAAUCUUCACAGGGAUGGUCAUGGUGGCUUCUUUGGCGUUCUAUAUUUUGCGAUUGACCCUGAGCAUCCUCAUAUUCUUGCAUCUCUUACACCGCAUCCAUAUUUAAGAAAGAUGCUUGUACGAUUGUUAAUAGUUAUGGAAUUACCGAUUAAACUAUUACACGAUAUCUAUCCUAAUACUUAUGCCGAAAGACUUAUACAUGCGAUUGGAUCACCACAAGGCUUUGAAGAAGUCUUUGAUACAAAGAAGAGAUCUUACGUGCUGAGAAUAGAUGCGUCUGGUAACAUUGUGGACUCCAUUUUCGCAGACGACGAUACAGUUGGUUCCGGUUUCAGUGCAGCUUGCAUACACAAUGAUUAUUUAUGGCUAGGUUCUCCGCAAAAGCAUUAUCUGGUCAGAGUUCCGUUAAAGCAAGCUUUUCCUGAUCUGGCUAAUAGCGAGAGACAAUCUUCCGAAAGAACGAAACAAGGCGCAAAAUCAACAGAGUCGAAACAGGAGAAAGUUUCUUCUCAGAAAUCUACUGCCACUCCGACAAAAUCAACCGCUGCACCUACAACGUCCAAGCCAACUGCCACAACUCCUAAGCCAACAGCUGCACCAAAACCAUCUCCAACUCCUAAAGUUGAUAAGUCAUCAGAAACUAAAUCAACUUCGAAAUCUGCCGAAAUCAAAAAGGAGAGUGCAAAUACAGUUAACCAUGCAAAACCCAGUGCGAAAUCAAGCUCGCCGAAUGCAAAGUCUGAAAAUAGCAGAACGAAAGAGGAUGCUGCGAAGACAAGCACAAAAUCUGAAAAAAAUGUAAAAGUGGAGCAGGAUACUUCCACAAAACAGAAAACUCAGAAGUCACAACCUGAAAAAGUUAAGUCAGAAACAAAUCGCCCAAAAGAGGAGCUCUAAUAAAAAAAAAUUAAUUAACGGUUGCACAUUGUGAUACCACCAACACUUGUUGACAGGUACACUUCAUUUUUCAGACAUUCCAUUUUGAUGAAAAAUAGCUUGAGGUGAUAUAAAUUAUCGAUUUCUCAUGUCUCAAUUUAUUUUAUAUAUAUAUUUGUAUCAUUCACACUGCUGUUAAUCCAAGUCAUGCACAAUCAGUUAUAUACAUGGUAAUUCGUUAUUAAUGACUGAAAAUAUGACAACUUUCUAUAUGAAAGUACAUUAAAUUAAAAAUGUAGGGUAAGCUUUUUUCAUAUAAAGUUUUCAUAUAAAGUUUUAUUUUUUAGAAUUAAAAAUUAAAAAUAUUUGUAAUUUUUAAGCAUAUAUAUUAAUUUUUUAAAUUUUUUAUAUUGUAAUAUGAUCGUUUCUCAUAGAUUUCGUAUCUCAGUAUUAAAGUGUGAUUUAAAUAAAUAAUUGAAUAUGUUAUCAAAAACUUAAUAGAUAGGUCUUAUUAAAAAAAAAAAUUAUUAAUGUAUUAGAAGGAGCUUCUAGCUAGAUGUAUUUGCUAAAUUUUUAUUACAUUUCUCUUUAUUAAUACAUUACAAAUUGGCAAACGUUUCGGUCGAAUUUUCAAGUUUCCGACCAGUGUUCAUCACCGUUUACAAUUUUUAAAAAAUAUGCCUAAUUCUUAAUAUUAAAUUAAAUUUCUAGUGCCGCUAAUAAUUUAACAAAUUUUGAAUCCUCUUAUGUUGUCCUGUCUUCAUUUCUAUACUAGAGUCGGGAUUGUAUUCCAUUUACAGUAGUCAUUUAUUAAAAACCUUAUCAGAUUUUUUGAACUAAUGAAACAAUUCUCAAUCUUAUACGCGAGUGUUAUUAUUUGUUGUUUAUCAUGCUGUUCUGAUUGUGUCUGACGACAAAGUCAGAACUUCUGUGAUGGACAAUGCGAUAAUAACACUCGUGUACAAGAUUGACAAUUGAUUCAUUAGUCCAAAAAAUCUGACAAGGUUUUUUAAAUUAAUUACUACACUACGGCCUUAGAAGCCCCUUCUACUAUUAAUAAAUAUUCUACUAGUAAAUAUUUUAUUUAAAUAACAUAUAAACGUUAAAUCUUUGAAAUUAUCAGAAAAAUCUAUUUCAAAGACAAAACUUCCUACAAAAUAAUUUUCUUAAAAAUUUUUAAUUUGUAUAAUUAUCUUUGUUUUCACCUUAGUAUUUCACCAUCAAUAACGAACUACUUUGUACAUUCCAUUUCUACAUUCCUGGGAAAAGGCAAUAUUAUAUUAAUAAUAAUGUGCGAGAAUCUAGCAGCUUUGUUACAAUGAUUAACUGAGAUAAAGAUUUAGAAAGUUAAAUGUUAGUGACUUAUGAUGUAUAUACUUAUAUAAGACGUUGAAAGUAUCGUUUUUUGCAAAUUUUACUAUAUGUUUUCCAUACUUGUGAUCUAUAUACUAAUUUUUAUAUCUACUUUCUAUUUGUGUUGAAACUAAUUCCUGAUACGAGAUGAAAGCGUUUAUGAGUCUUGACUUUUUUUUUUAUUUUUUCUUUUUAAUUAUUAAUUUUAAUUAUUCAAUCCUUAUGAUUAUUUUGUAGACACGACCAUAUACAAGAAUUAUAUUAAAAUAAUUUAAUUUGAUUUACAAUUUGUUACAACUUAUGUUUGUGAAUAUUUCCCGUGUCAUAAAUAAAGAAAAACAUAACAAGAGUAAAGGAAGGUUACUUGUUACUUUCUUUCUACUUUGUUACUUUCCAUUUUUUUUUUUUUAUUAAUUUAGUACCGUCAAAAUAUCGAAAUAAACAUAUAAAUUGUGAGUGAAUGAAUUUUGGAAAGGGAAUAAAUAUUGUUAUAUUACAGAAAGACUAUUUUUGUUAAUUUAGAUAAUAUAAAACCAUUAUAAAACAUAAUAAUUUCGUUAUACUUUAUCAGAUGUGGGAUGUAAGAUAGUUAUAAGAAAUUGUACAGUUUGGCAAUUGUACAAAUAAAAUCAUCUUUGUAAAUAGUUGAA